AACUUUGGGUGGUUACACUUUGUUAAAUAAACCUGCGUCGUCGCCUUCCUCUCCAAGUUUUUUAAGUCUUUAUAUGUAGACAUUGCUUUGCUCCGCAAGGUUUUCUCGCUCUCGAUCCAUUUUUCUUUCCCCCCCUUCUUCUCUUCUGCUGCCCCUUCCAGUUCGGGGAUUCUUCGCGGAGUCCGAGACAGGCUCCGUGGCUGCCUGUUGAUCGGCAAUCAGGGUGGUGAGUGAGAUUGCUUUGGUUUGGGGCGAUUUUGUUCAGAAACUGAACUGCAUCUGCAUCAGGGUUUUCUUAAGGGUGGAGGGCGCGAUGGGGAAGAAUCCUAGGACAAUCACGGUACCGAGCCACAAGCGGCCGCUGCUUGAUCGCGAGGAUUCCUCUAGUCGUGCUUUGUCAGAUCUUGAACAUGGUGAUGCAAUUCAGCCAGCAAAUGUCACCUUCUGUAGAAUUUUAAAGUUGGCAAAGCCUGAUGCAGGGAAACUUGUUCUUGCAACAUUAGCAUUAUUAAUAGCUUCCACCACAAGUAUUCUAAUUCCAAAGUUUGGUGGGAAGAUAAUUGACAUUGUUUCAAGAGAGGUUCAAGAGCCUGGUCAGAAAUCUGAAGCUUUAGAUGCUGUUAAAAAUACCGUAGUAGAUAUUAUGCUGAUAGUUAUCAUAGGUUCAAUAUGUGCGGCCUUGCGAGCAUGGUUGUUUUACUCUGCCAGUGAGAGAGUGGUUGCUCGUCUAAGAAAAGAUUUGUUUGCUCAUCUUGUAAACCAAGAAAUUGCAUUUUAUGACGUAACUCGCACGGGAGAGUUGCUAAGCAGAUUAUCCGAAGAUACACAAAUUAUAAAAAAUGCGGCAACAACAAAUUUGUCAGAGGCUUUGCGUAACAUUACCACCACACUUGUUGGUCUUGGUUUUAUGUUUUCCACAUCAUGGAAAUUGACAUUGUUGGCACUUGUUGUAGUUCCAGCUAUCUAUAUUGCUGUGCGGAAGUUUGGGCGCUAUCUACGUGAACUUUCCCACCAGACUCAAGCUGCAGCAGCUGUUGCAGCCUCAAUUGCAGAGGAAUCUUUUGGAGCCAUACGCACUGUGAGGUCCUUUGCUCAAGAAGCCUAUGAGAUAUCACGCUAUUCAGAAAAAGUAGAUGAAACAUUGAAGCUUGGACUCAAGCAAGCUAAAGUUGUUGGUCUCUUUUCUGGAGGGCUGAAUGCAGCAUCAACGCUAUCUGUUGUGGUUGUAGUGAUAUAUGGAGCUAAUCUAACCAUAAAUGGAUCAAUGACAACAGGAGAUCUCACAUCUUUCAUCCUUUAUAGUCUUACAGUUGGUUCGUCGGUGUCAGCCUUGUCAGGAUUAUAUACAACAGCAAUGAAAGCUACUGGUGCAAGCAAAAGGGUUUUUCAGCUUUUGGACCGUGUCUCCUCCAUGCCAAAAUCAGGGGAUGUAUGCCCUGUCAGUGAGCAAGAUGGAGAUGUUGAGAUAGAUGAUGUCUGGUUUGCUUAUCCUUCUCGCCCUACUCACAUGGUGCUUAAGGGUAUUACAUUAAAGUUGAAGCCUGGAUCAAAGGUUGCACUUGUUGGGCCAAGCGGUGGUGGAAAAACUACAAUAGCGAAUUUAAUUGAAAGGUUUUAUGAUCCUCUUAGGGGAAAAAUCCUACUUAAUGGUGUUCAACUACCUGAUAUAUCACAUCGUUAUCUUCACGGACAGGUUAGCAUAGUUAGUCAAGAGCCUGUUCUCUUCAAUUGCUCUAUUGAAGAAAAUAUCGCUUACGGAUUUGAUGGAAAAGCCACUGUCAGUGAAAUUGAAAAUGCUGCUAAAAUGGCAAAUGCUCACGAGUUUAUAUCCAACUUUCCUGACAAAUAUAAGACACUGGUUGGUGAACGAGGCAUACGACUAUCUGGCGGCCAGAAACAGAGAGUAGCCAUUGCGAGAGCCUUACUGAUGAAUCCACGAGUUCUUCUGUUGGAUGAGGCCACAAGUGCUUUGGAUGCUGAGAGUGAAUAUUUAGUGCAGGAUGCAAUGGAUUCCCUGAUGGAAGGAAGGACUGUUCUUGUGAUAGCUCACAGACUUUCAACAGUCAAGAGCGCAGACACAGUUGCCGUAAUCUCCGAUGGACAGAUUGCUGAGAGAGGUACCCAUGACGAUCUUCUCAGCAAGGAUGGUAUUUACACUGCACUCGUGAAGAGGCAAUUGCAAGGAUCCAAAUCCGACACAGCGGAAGAGACAGGUGCAAAACUUAAUGGAGUUGAGGUAUGAUUCAUCUCACUUGGAUCCCGGCAAUGUGAAAAAGUGUGCACUGCUGUGGAUGCAUUGUUGUCAAUUUUUAUGAAUAAGUCGUGUCAAUGUGUGCUUUUGAAGAUGACUACGAUGCCAAGUUAUCACUUGGCAUUUCUAGAGCUUGGACCUCGCAGUUUUAAUGCUUUUGCAUUGUAACUGGACUGCAACUUUAACAAUGCGUGUGUUCUCACCAUCCGCAACAACUUAAUCCUUUCAAUCUCA